AUGAAAUAUGAGGAUGCAUCAAUUGAUCUGCAGGUGUGUUCCUGGGCGUUCAAGGCUGGCCGCUGCUUUUUCCGCAGCCGCUACGUGCGCACAGAAGCAUUCAUGGCAGAGCAGGAGGCCGGUCGAAUGCUGUUCAGGGGUGCGUUCUCGGUUGGCAACCCAUCUGGCGGUCGAUUUUUUAACCCCCUGGACCUUCGCAUCAAAUCCAUUGCCAAUACCAACGUUGUGCACUGGGGAGGCCGCACGCUCGCCCUGCAUGAGGUGAUGACCCCCAAAACUUUGGGUCCCACAUCCGCACCUUCAGGCAAGGCCGCGCUCUCUUCUGCAUCGCAUGCCAGGCUCUGCAGGGAGGAUGAUGGCUCUCGGCGGCUGAUCGGGUCAACAUUUGCCGAGGGGCUCACAAAGGGGACGCUGACAUUUCUGGAGUAUGGAGAAGACCUGCAGGUGCUGUUCAAAACCACAGCAGAGCUCCCGGGAGCGGGGUUCGGCUUCUUCCACGACAUGCUGGUGACUGAUCAUUACUACAUUGCGCUGGAAAAUCCCAUGCGCCUGGACCUGUCCAAGAUGGCGACCCAGUACGCCCUCGGCCGCGCCUGCCUCGCCGAGUGUCUGAAAUAUGACCCUGCCAAGCGCACGAAGAUACACUUGAUCCCCCGGCCCGGCCGCUCGGGUUGUCAUUGUGCUGCAGGAAAGGCAGGGAAGCGAGUGACUUUGGAAACAGAGCCGCUAUUCUGCUUUCACCAUGUGAACGCAUUUGAGGAACCCGGCAGCGAGCGCGUGAUGAUGGACUGCCUGGCAAUGUCCGGGGGCGUUGACUUCGGCGCCGAUUUUGGAAAUCUGAGCGCGGAGUUUUUCCAGCGCGCCCUCUGGCGCACCGCGCUCACCCGACUCACCCUUGACCCUGCUGGUGGAAGGGUGGGUGUGUCAAGGAUAGCGGAGCAGCAAUCGAUGGAGAUGCCUUCUUUGGCUCCGGCCUGUUCUGGCCGCCCCUACCGCUACGCGUAUGUCACCAGCAGCAGAUUUGUGGGGCCGCGCGGCUGGGGACCCCCCCAGGUAAUGUACCCUUUUGUCAACACACCCACUGUUUUUGUUUCACUGUUUUGUUUCACAGACGCUGUCCCUGCGAGGAGGCAGGGUGCCGAUGAGUCAGCAAUUGGGUCAUCAGGCAGGCUGGAGCGGUGGAGCCCAGGCAGGGACAGCUUUGCCCAGGAGGCCAUCUUUGUGCCCAGGACGGGCAGGGGGGAUAGUAGCGAUGACAAGGGGAAUGAUGUUGAUGACAGGCGGAGCGAAGACGAGGGUUGGCUGCUGGCGCCGGUGUUCCGGUCGGCAAGCAUGACUACGGACUUAGUCAUCCUCGACGCUGCUGAUGUGGCGGCCGGCCCUGUCGCCACGAUUCACCUCCCCCACCAUAUCCCCAUAGGCAAGUCACUCAAAACCCUCCCUUAUUCCAAUUGGCAUCCCUGA